UGAAAUUUCAAGCUUCUCUCCGACCAAGUCUUCCGUAUUUCAUCUCCAUUAAUAAAUACUCUCUUUCUCUCUCUCUCUCUCUUGCGAAUGUACAUUGUGCAUUGCGUUCUUGUGUAAUCUUCAAGAGGACGCCGAUUUUUGUAGAGGGGGAAAAGGGUUGGAACCUAGGGGGAUCGAGGGUUUUUUAUUUUUUUGUUUUUUUGUCGGGGAGAAAUGAACACCGUCGGAAGGCAGAGAUCGGGCGCACCGGCGGCGCACCAUCAGCGGCAGUACUCGGACAAUUUUCUGGAGACUUCGUCGAACGGCCGAUGGCUGCAAUCAGCUGGGCUGCAGCACCUACAGUCAUCAAACAAUGUUCCUCCAGUUCAGGAUUUUGGGUACUAUAGGGGUCAGGGUUCUAGAAUGUAUAGGAGUCUGCAGGCGCAGAGGACUUACAGUGGAGGCAAUGAUUUGUUUGCUGAGCCAUUGACCCCGCCGGGAAAUUCACGGAGGAAGAAUGGGGAGGAACAAGUAUCACCGAAUGAAUAUAGCCCGGGGCUUUUGGAUCUGCAUUCUUUUGAUACCGAGCUACUUCCCGAGAUGUCAGUUCCUGGUCUUUAUGAUGGCCCAUCAAUGAACCAUUUUUCACGGGGAAGAAGUUUUGAUGACUCUGACCCAUACUUUGGAAACAAUAAACAAGCUGGCAGAUCCCGCGGCUUGCCUGAAAGUAAUGUUCUGAAAAGCCUCGCAACUGAGAAUGUGAAGGCCAGCAACGUUGCAAAGAUCAAAGUAGUGGUACGAAAGAGACCACUAAACAAAAAGGAAUUAUCAAAGAACGAGGAAGAUAUCAUAGAAACUUAUCCAAACUCUCUCGUGGUGCAUGAGACAAAACUUAAGGUUGAUCUCACAGAAUACGUCGAGAAACAUGAAUUUGUUUUUGAUGCAGUGUUGAAUGAAGAAGUUUCAAAUGAUGAGGUUUAUCGUGAAACUGUAGAGCCUAUUGUUCCGAUAAUUUUCCAACGUACAAAAGCCACUUGCUUUGCUUAUGGGCAAACAGGAAGUGGCAAAACUUAUACCAUGAAACCGCUUCCCCUCAAGGCAGUCAGGGAUAUCUUGAGGCUCAUGCACCACACUUACAGGAACCAAGGCUUUCAGUUGUUUGUCAGCUUCUUUGAGAUCUAUGGAGGAAAACUUUUUGAUCUUCUGAGUGAUAGGAAAAAGCUAUGCAUGAGAGAGGAUGGUAAGCAGCAAGUUUGUAUUGUGGGCUUGCAAGAAUACCGAGUAUCAGAUGUUGAGACGAUUAAGGAACUCAUUGAGAAAGGAAAUGCAACAAGAAGUACGGGCACAACAGGUGCAAAUGAGGAAUCAUCCCGAUCUCAUGCCAUUCUGCAGCUUACCAUCAAGAGGUCAGCUGAUGGCAGCGAGUCCAAACCUGCUCGGGUUGUCGGCAAGCUCUCCUUCAUAGACCUUGCUGGAAGUGAGCGUGGUGCAGAUACCACUGAUAAUGAUAAGCAGACCAGAAUGGAAGGAGCUGAGAUCAAUAAGAGUUUGCUUGCACUGAAGGAGUGUAUUAGAGCACUUGACAAUGAUCAGGGUCACAUUCCAUUUAGAGGCAGUAAACUAACUGAAGUCUUGAGGGAUUCUUUUGUUGGAAAUUCCCGUACAGUGAUGAUAUCAUGCAUUUCACCAAACUCCGGAUCUUGUGAACAUACGCUGAACACAUUAAGAUAUGCCGACAGAGUAAAGAGCCUGUCAAAAGGAAACAACUCCAAAAAGGAUGUUUUAUCUUCAACUUUAAAUCUUAAGGAGUCAACGGCACAACCCUUGUCUUCAGCCCUACCACCAUCAUCAGCUUUUGAAGAUGAUAUGGGUGAUUCAUGGCCUGAACAAACUGAUAGGGAAGAAAAUGAUGAAGAUUUCUAUGAGGCAGAAAAACCAUCAUGGAAGAAGAACACAAAAGUUGAAUCAUACAGCUUCUCCAAUAUGGAUGAUAAAAUGAAGAAAGGCAAUGGGCAGGCAAAGUGGACGGAGCCCCCUAAGGUGGAAAUUAAACAUUCAAAUUCAGAUGACAAUUUGAGUGCUUUAUUGAAGGAAGAGGAAGACCUUGUCAAUGCUCAUAGGAAGCAAGUGGAGGAAACAAUGGAUAUUGUUCGAGAGGAGAUGAAUCUGCUGGUUGAGGCAGAUCAACCAGGGAAUCAGCUAGAUGAUUACAUCUCAAGAUUGAACUCAAUUCUAUCCCAGAAAGCAGCUGGUAUCUUACAGCUACAAAACCGAUUGGCUCAUUUCCAAAAACGCUUGAAAGAGCAUAACGUGCUCGUCUCUUCUGGUUAUUAAGGGUACAUUAUAUACACCCUCUUAUAGUUUGUCAUAAUUAUAAAUACCACCCCGUUCAAAAAAUUAUCAAUACUCCUGGAAUUAACAGCCACCCAACCCAGGACCCUCCUCUAUUAGUUGCUGGUUUUGUCAGAAUUUUAUUGUGGAUUGUCAAAUUGACCUUGGCAUAUAUGGAAAUUGAGUUUUAGUAUUUUUUUUUAUGCCAUUUUUAGGACCAAAUGCCCUUGUGGAUUAAAAUGUAAUGAUUUUACAGUCUUGUGGUAUAUAAAUGUUGAGUUUGUACUUAA